GUCCCACACUUCGCCCUCUCUUCUCCACGAAAAAAGCGCACUUAAUGUAAUAACAACUCUCCAUGCGCUUCUCUGACGCUUAUGUUGUUUUUAUGCACGUUUGCAAUCUGCUAUCGGCAGAUAUUAUCUGCAGGCUGAUGGUGUUAGUGCGGCGGUGGCCGAACACAGCGAACUGUGAAAAGGAGGAGAAAGACAGGCAAGAGGAAAAACUCUGGCAGCGACGUUUUGGAGUUGGAGUUGCAGCGUGAAAAAAGUCCCAGGCAACUCCAGAGGCACAUCUGCAACCUAGGAAGAGAGGAAGAAGAAAGAAGAAAACUCAUUUUUUCUCUGAGGAGAAGAUAAAAAAAGGUCAAGAUUUAAAGGAGAAUUCACCCAUAAAGACCUAUCCUGUCUCCAUGAGGUGCUGAGGAAUGAGCAAUCGCCAUGGAAACCCAGUCCCAGGCCAAUUCUACAGCUGAGAAGAAGAAGAGGGUGGAGACCAUCGUGGCAACCAAGGGCUCGUCAGCACGCAGCGACAUCAGCGAGAAGGCCGUGGCCUCCAGCACCACCUCGAACGAGGAUGAGAGUUCGGGCACGCCAUACCACCGCGAGAGGCGCAACGCCAUCAGCUCUCAGGCCCCUACGCCCGGCGCCCCCGACAGGAAGCUGAGCGAGGAGCCCUCCACCUCCACGGAGGAGCGCCCCUCCCUGGUGAAGAAAGAGCUGCACGGCUCCCUGCCCCACCUGGCUGACCAUGCCCUGCCCUACCGAGGCACGCUGUUCGCCAUGGACCCCCGCAACGGCUACCUAGACUCACACUAUCCUCCGCCACAGUUCUUCCCCACGUUCCAUCCCCCGGUGCCCAUCGAUGAUCGACAUGCCCAGGGACGCUACAUCUACGAACCUUCCCCGGUGCCCCCGCUUCAUGUGCCUCCUGCUCUGGCAGGCAGUCCGGCCUUCUCCGAUAUCUCCCUCAUCCGGAUCUCGCCCCAGCGGAACCCCUCUGUGGGGGCGGAGUCGCCCUUUCACCAUCCGCACCCCUACAUCAACCCAUACAUGGACUACAUCCGCUCCCUGCACAGCAGCCCCUCCAUCUCUGUGCUCUCAGCAGCCCGGGGCCUCAGCCCUGCAGAUGCUCCACACACAGGGCUGACUACAGCGGACUACUACCACCAGAUGGCCCUGCUGGCGGGCCACCGCAGCCCCUACACUACUGACCUGCUCCCCUCCGUGGCGUCCACGGCUGGUGCCGGCAGCAGCGCCCUGCACAUGGAGUACCUGCAGGCUAUGGAGAGCUCUCGUUUCCCCAGCCCCAGACUGCCAUCGCGGCCCAGCCGGAAGCGUCCGCUGCCCAUCUCGCCGCUGUCAGAGCACAGCUUUGACCUGCAGACCAUGAUCCGCACCUCUCCCAACUCCCUUGUCACCAUCCUCAACAACUCCCGCUCCAGCUCCUCCACCAGCGGCUCCUAUGGACACCUGUCAGCUGGGGCCAUCAGCCCGGCGCUAAGCUUCGCCUACCCUCCGACCCCGGUGGCUUUGCAGAUGCACCAGCAGCUGAUGGGCCGCCAGCCGGGCAUCGUGGGCUCUGCGUUCGGCCACAGUCCGCCGCUCAUCCACCCGACGCCAGCCUUCGCCACCCAGAGGCCCGUACCCGGCAUCCCCCCCUCUGGGCUCAGCGCCAGCGAGCGCUCGGCAGUCUCCAAUGACUCCUCACAGACCAAACCAACGAGUGAAUCCGCGGUGAGCAGCACGGGCGACCCGAUGCACCACAAACGCUCCAAACUGAAACCAGAGGAGGAGCUGCCCAGUCCCGGGGCGGUGAGCGUACAGGACCAUCCUGAUGGGAUGACCCUGGUGAAGGAGGAGGGCGACAAGGACGAGAGCAAGCAGGAGCCGGAGGUGGUGUACGAGACAAACUGCCACUGGGAGAGCUGUUGCCGUGAGUUCGACACGCAGGAGCAGCUAGUGCAUCACAUAAACAAUGACCACAUCCACGGGGAGAAGAAGGAGUUUGUGUGUCGGUGGGACGAGUGCUCGCGGGAGCAGAAGCCCUUCAAGGCCCAGUACAUGCUGGUGGUCCACAUGCGCAGGCAUACUGGGGAGAAACCACACAAGUGCACAUUUGAGGGCUGUACCAAGGCUUACUCCCGUCUGGAAAACCUGAAGACUCACCUCCGCUCCCACACUGGAGAGAAACCAUAUGUGUGUGAACACGAAGGCUGCAACAAGGCCUUUUCCAACGCCUCGGACCGGGCGAAACAUCAGAAUCGCACACACUCAAAUGAGAAACCGUACGUGUGUAAAAUCCCAGGCUGUACCAAGCGCUACACGGACCCCAGCUCCCUACGCAAGCACGUCAAGACCGUGCACGGGCCCGAGGCACACGUCACCAAGAAGCAGCGUGGCGAUUACCCGCGUCCUCCACCCCAACCCCGAGAGCCCGGGAGCAACAGCCAGGGCCGGUCGCCAGGGCAGCUGCCCCUCGGCGGGUUCACGGACCAAAGGGAGUACAACCAUGCUACCUCAAAACAGGAUGAAUGUCUGCAGGUCAAGUCCAUCAAGUCGGAGAAGCCCAUGACGUCUCAGCCAAGCCCUGGCGGUCAGUCUACAUGCAGCAGUGACCAGUCCCCCGUCAGCACCUAUCCCAGCAGUGGAGUCCAGCUUGCUGUGAGCGCCGGACGCUCGCCAGGGGAGGGGCUGGAGGAGGAUGAGGAGGAAGAAGAGAACGAAGAGGAGGCGGAGGAGGAGUGCGAGGGUGAGCCAGCCCCCAUCAUGGACUCAACGGUCUCCACGGCGACAGCGGCCAUGCUGACCCUGCAGGCGAGGCGAAGUGUUGGCCGUCCCCUGCGCUGGAUGGAGCACAUCAAGAUGGAGAGGCUGAAGCAGGUGAACGGAGCGCUGCCCAGGUUGGGGCCCCUGUCCCCGACACCGCCACCCAAAGGUUCCACGCUACCCAGCAUCCUGGGGAAGGGAUCCUGUCUGGGCAGGCCAUGGGGAGUGUCUGCUUCUCAGCCUCCUCCUCAUCCCGACCUGGGCAGCACAGAACUGACAGUGCUCAAUUUGCUCCGUGAUCGCCGCGACAGCAGUGGUAGCGCCACCAGCUCUGCCUACCUGAGUAGCAGCCGGCGAUCCUCUGGCAUCUCACCCUGUUUCUCCAGCCGCCGCUCCAGCCAGGCUUCCCAAAGUGAGGGCGUGGCAGCAGCUGCCCUCCAUCGCCGCCUCCACAACCUUAGCUCCACCGACUCUUAUGAUCCCAUCUCCACUGAUGCCUCCCGACGCUCCAGUGAGGCCAGCCAGUGUGGGGGAGGUGGAGGAGGCGGGGGUGGAGGGGUGCUUUCAGGUGGGGGCUGGGGAAGUGUAGGGGCAGGAGGUAAAGGAGGAGGGGGAGGAUCAGGGGGGAUGCUCAAUCUCACCCCAGCACAGCACUACCACCUGAAAGCCAAGUAUGCUGCGGCAACUGGUGGUCCACCCCCAACACCUCUACCUAACAUGGAGUGCAUGAGCUUGAAGACUCGCAUGGCCAUGAUGGAUGAUGGUCAGGGUGGAGGCAACCACUCACUGCCGCCUUUAGUCAGGCCACGACGCUGCAGUGAUGGCACCAAUGGGUACAGCAGUGGGUAUAUGGGACAGACAGGUUACCGGAGAAGGGUCUUCUAUCCUGGCGAGGGUCCAGGGAAUGGCGAUCGGCGGGCCAGUGAUCCAGUGCGGACGCAGGCUCCUGACACAUUUGGCCUGCCCCAAGUGCAGCGCUUCAACAGCCUUAACAACCUCCACCCUCUUCCGCCUCUGUCUGGGAUCCAGCACCCUACAGCUGAAAGCUGCAGCUUUAGCCUGCAGAACUAUACACGCUCAGAUGGCAACUUGCAGAGAGGUGUACAGCACUUGCCAUGCACCCCCAGCAUCACAGAACACUCAGCCUUAGAAGCCCUGGCCAUGGAGGAGGAGGGGGAGGCUGGUCUGCUGCUAGGGGAUGAGGACAUGCUACCAGAUGAUGUGGUGCAGUACCUCCACUCUCAGGCCCAAGGGGAGGUAGUUUCCUACAACCACAUCGAGGACCAAGCAGCUCCCAGCCAAAGGGACAUCUCCCACCCAUCUUUAGGGGAGAUAGAGCAGAUCCAAGGCUCAGGGCUGAACCUGGCCUUCCCUGGACCCCAAAACCUCCAGCAGCAGAUAGCAGAACGACACAGCCCCAGCAAGCUGCCCAUCCAAUGGAAUGAGGUCAGCUCUGGGAGUGCUGAGAGAUCUCCUCCGAGGGAACAGAACUACCAGAGACAGUGUGGGAGGUGGCAGGGGUCAGAACAUGGAGUCACAUCUGCUCCCUUUGGCAGGUUCGGGAACAUGGUGGUGCAUCAGCCAGGGCGGCUGUCUCGAGACUUCACAAACAGCUGCGCACAGGCUAACCAGUCUCAGGCUGCUUGCAGAGUCAAUCCAGGGGUGAAACUAGAGACAUCCACUAAUUCCUGCAUGGAGAUGAGAGGGAAUGGUCUCAACACCAACUUUGGCAGGGCUGACUUCUCUCAGAUCACCAUUGGGCCUCUUCCUCAAGGGUACAGACAGCAGGCCUCCAGUGGACCUCAGAACCAGAACCACAACAGCAGCACCUCUUGCCAGAUAAGGAGCAACCUACUCCUGAGCAGGGCCCCCAUGGAUAGCCUCUCCCAGGGUCCUGCUCAUCAUCACAAUCCCCAGGCCUCUGCUUCUCACCCACCAGUCAACAGCAGCUAUAGGAACCUGGCCAGGACCCAGCAGUACCUCAAUCCGGAGAGCACCAAUGACAUCCAGGCCAGCCUCAACCAGCCACAACAAUUGCAGAGGAGUGGGGCCCACUGUUCCCUGGCUCACCAAGUGUCUGGGCUGAAACUGGAGGCCCCAGACCAUGGUUACUUAGAACAGGGCUUCAGUGACCCCCUCUGCUUUGAGCCAGUGGAAUCCAAGGCCUCCUCCUUCCCUGUCCUGGAGGACCAGUGUUUGCUGGACUCCAUGGCUGAGUCUGUGGGACAAGGUGGUAGCGGGGACUCUGCCACCCUCCUCUCUCCUGGUGCAGACCAGGUGACCAGCACAGUGGACAGCAGUGUGCCAAGUGUGUUGGACGAGGUGGUGAGUCUGGACUUUGGUGCCAUGCUGGAAGAUGGCUACGACCAGGGUAGCCUUGUGUCAGGGGUGUUAAGUCCCUCCAUCUUCCAGGGUCUGUCUAGGACCUCAUCUCGACUGACCACUCCUCGAGCAUCCACUACCUUCCACAGUGUGGCCCCUGGCCUCAACAAUAUGGCCAUUGGAGACAUGAGCUCUCUCCUCACCACCCUUGCAGAGGAGAGCAAGUUCCUGGCUAUCAUGCAGUAGCUGCUCUCUUUCUGCUCUCUCCUCCCUUAGAAAUGAAAAAGAAACUCUGGUGUAUGUGAAGAACUGAUAAAAAAGGAUAGAAAUUGUUAACACUUAGAAAGUGGCAAUUAUGAGGAAUUUAUUAUGUACUUAAAACAAAGUGUUCUGGAAGAGAUAGUUGCCAAACAGAUUUAUUUUGUAAAACUGUCAUCCCAUGCAGAAAAGGGAUGUGUCAAAAAUAUGUAUAGAUAAAUAGGUAUAUUCCUUUUCUGGAAUGAAGGCUAUUUUUUGAGGCCCUUCUCUUUGUAUUACUAUGUGAUGGUGAGCAAAAGUUCACUUCUUUGAAACAGUAUUCUGUGUAUUGUCACUGUUUUUGAUGUACACACUGUUGGUAUAAAUGCAUGUAUUCAAGGUAAAGCAUAAACACUGUCUUAAGUACAUAGACUAGCCCAUGUGCCAAGUAUCGUUUUGAGUAGCGUUUUGAUCCCAUAGGUACAAAGCCUCUAAUUCCAUGCUCCUUCCAGCAGGUCAGAAAUGGGUCACUUAACUUGAGGCCCUGAGGAUAACUUUAUAUAUCAUAGUUUUUGAUAAGUGGUAUAUUUACAUAUAUUGUCAUUUUGUUUGUAUGUUAAUUUUGCGAAUCUGUAAAUCUGUUUCAGUGCUUCUACCAAGUCUUACCAAGUGGUGUUUUUGUCAAGAGUAUCCCAGUAUGGUAUUGAGUCCAAAAUAAAAGGACAACACAUCAGUCUUAGAAUUCACAAACACCAUAAAUAGUCUUCUAGUUGCUAUCUAAAUGGCUUGAUUUAGUUUGUCUGGUAAGGUACUCACAGGUGUAUAUAACGUGCUUUUAUAUUCUGUUAGUGGUAAUCUGAUUUUUGACGCUGGAUUGCACGGUUGUUUGAAGCUGAUGUGAAAUGGACAUUUUUAACUUGACGAAAAAGGGUCCCAUUUGGUGCUUUAUGUAUGCUUAUACAAAUAGAUAUUUCAGUGCUUCAUGUUUUCAAUCUGUCUUACUGACCAACAGUGGUCCAUAGCACAUGAAUUUCCCUCUCAUAAUGAUAUAUGCUAUAAGAUGAUGUGUUUUAUUUUAUAGGAAAUCAUCAAUAUAAUUUUCUCCAAAGCUCUUUAAUUGAGAAUGUGUACUGCCACCAAGUAUUGCAGUGACUUUGUCAACAGUGUUAGUAUUGCCUUGCAGUCCUAUGUGACUGCACACAGAAUAUUGUGUAGUUUACCUAGUAUUCAGCGUCAAAGCAAUGGUACAAAUUGUUUUGUUGUUUUUUGGUACUUUUGUCAUUUUUGUAGCUGUGCAUUGAUGGUGUUUUGUUUUGAAAGAAGUAGAAAUUAUUUCCUUUGAAAGGAGGGAAUUACUUUGAGGUAUGUGCCUUAUAUCUGCCUGUCAGAAAAUAGAAAGAUCACUGCCAAUCUUCCAUUGUGAAUUAUGAAAAAAACAAAAACAAAAUAAAAAAUAAACAUGUAAAGUGUCUUGUGAGACCUGGAAAAUAAAAAUGACAGAACAUUUAUAUGAGCAAAGUCUGAAUAUCAGAAAAGUCAAGAUUUGCAGAGCGCAUUCUACUUUUCUUUGGUUGUUUUUAGUUUUUUUUUUUUUUUAGUUUUCACAUUUAUUGUCCACUUUUAUAUAUAAAUGUGUAAAUACAUUACUCUUUCUGUAGAUUUAGCAGAGAUAUGAGGAGGAUCCUUUGGCCAAUAAAGAACUGACUUUGAAAGCAGGGAUUCCCAGGCCCUGGGCAGAGGCCAGGCAGAUCUGGCUCAGAGUGGAGCUUGAAGUGCCCAGCACUGCCCCUCUGCCAGAAGAGACACUUUGCUCUUUUAUAACU